AUGGCUUCAGUUCAACCCACCACAAGGCCACCGCCAUUGUUUGCCAAACUACUGCGAUUGGACAACCCAAUUGGAAGCUUGACACUCGCAUUUUGGUCAUGGAAGGUCUUGUUGUAUAUAGUCGUUGCCGCCUGUCCAGGAUUGGGCUAUGAUACCUCCACCUCCUUGAUCUCAUAUGCUGCCGACCCUUCAACGGCCCAAUCUCUCUCGGGGCCCCUUAAAUUUGCCAGAUGGGACAGUGUCUACUUCCUGGAUAUUGCCGAAAAGGGCUAUCUCUUUGAGCAAGAAUGGGCCUUUGGCUGGGGCUACACUAAGCUUCUAUCUAUUUUUGUCUCUGGUAUUCGUCUCUCUGGUGGAGAUGCUGGGCCCGCUAGCACUGCAAUGGUGGGAGUGGUUCUCUCCCAUGUUGCCCAUUAUUUGUCCGUAUUGGCGCUCUAUCGUCUAUCGGCUAAUAUCUUUGGACACGCGACUGCCACCCAACAUCUCAUUUGUUUCCUAUCGGCAGCUCUUCACAUCAUUUCACCGGCGGGUGCUUUCCUGUCCGCGCCCUAUGGAGAGUCGAUAGUCUCCCUUUUGAACAUGACUGGAUUCUACCUCUAUUCAUCGUCUCUUAUCGCCGAGCGCAACGGGGCAACACGUCUGCGAGAUAUUCGGGUUCUCACAUCCGCAGUUCUAUUCGCGGUUGCCACCAUGGUCCGUAGUAAUGGGGUUCUCAGCGGGUUCCUAUUUGCCUAUGAUGCGGCAGUUUUGGCUUGGAAGAUCCUGGCUAGAGGUCCUACACUUCACGCUACUGUUCGUCUUGCGGUGAUCAUUGUCAGUGGGUGUAUUGUAGGAUCUGGGAUAGUCAUUCCUCAAAUCCUGGCCUAUCGCAUGUACUGCAUGUCCAGGGGCGAUCUUCGGCCAUGGUGUGAGUGGACUUUGCCUAGCAUCUACGGCUGGGUUCAAAGUCAUUACUGGGAUGUUGGGUUCUUGCGAUAUUGGACCAUCUCCAAUAUACCUCUUUUCCUGUUGGCGGCGCCCAUGUUGGCCAUUCUGUGCCGAUCCAGCUUAUGGGCAUUACAAAGUCCAUCUUCCUCCUCAACGAGCCCGGGGUCAAUGCUCGUUCGGUUGGCGGUUCCCCAGGGUUUGCUGGCUGUUAUGGCAUUCACCAGCUACCAUGUUCAGAUCAUCAACCGCAUCUCAUCGGGAUAUCCCUUGUGGUACUGGUAUCUGGUUACUAGCGCUGUGGAUCUCGGUUCAAGCUCACCCAAGCAAAGCCGGACCCUUGUGGCCGCUGUGUAUAGCAUGGUGGCCUAUGCGUUGAUCCAGGGUGUUCUUUUCGGUUCUUUUUUGCCCCCAGCAUGA